AUGCUAGGUAAGGAUCACCGAAGGAAUCGAGUAGCAAAUGCGUAUUACUCUUUAUUUAUGGCAGUUGGUAAUGUCCUUGGCUAUGCUACUGGAGCUUACAGCGGCUGGUACAAGAUUAUACCAUUCACCAUCACCUCCGCAUGCAACAUCAAUUGCGCCAAUCUCAAGGCUGCUUUCUUUCUUGAUAUCAUUUUUAUAUUAAUCACUACAUAUGUAAGCAUCUCGGCAGUCCACGAACUGCCCCUGAAUAGCAACCAUGGUACCCAUUGUGCCGAAGGAAUGCCUGAACAAUCAAGCCAUGUUGAAGAAGCUUUCCUCUGGGAACUGUUCGGGACUUUUAGAUAUCUCCCAGGCACUAUUUGGAUAAUCCUGUGUGUUACUGCUCUGACCUGGAUUGGAUGGUUUCCAUUUCUAUUGUUUGAUACUGAUUGGAUGGGUCGAGAAAUUUAUGGUGGCGAGCCCAAUGAAGGGCAGAAUUAUAGUAUUGGAGUCAGAAUGGGUGCACUUGGUCUAAUGCUGAAUUCAGUGGUCCUUGGAAUAACUUCAGUGUUCAUGGAGAAGCUCUGUCGGAAGUGGGGGGCUGGUUUUGCUUGGGGACUUUCAAGCAUCCUCAUGUCUCUCUGCUUCAUAUCGAUGCUCAUAAUUACAGCUAUGGUGAACAAUAUGAACUUAGGCGACAGUCUUCCUCCGGACAGUAUCGUGAUUGCUGCUCUAAUAGUAUUUGCAAUUCUUGGUAUUCCAUUAGCGAUCACUUACAGUGUUCCAUAUGCCUUGAUAUCCGCACGUAUUGAGGCCUUAGGACUUGGCCAAGGAUUGUCAAUGGGUGUUCUGAAUCUGGCAAUUGUGAUCCCACAGGUUGUGGUGUCUAUUGGAAGUGGACCAUGGGAUCAGCUAUUUGGUGGUGGUAACUCGCCAGCCAUAGCUGUAGGAGCAGCUUCAGCAUUUGCUGGUGGACUUAUAGCCAUCUUGGCAAUUCCUCGAACUAGGGUAGAGAAGUCCAGGAUCCACCAAUGAGGUAUUAUAUUGAUUGUAAUUUUCUAUGUUAUUUUUCUACAUGUAAAGUAUAAUGCAAGCACUAUGAAUUUAAGUAGUCAAUUCCUUUUAAAUUUUCCAUUGUGAAGAUUCUUAGACCCUUUUUCAGAAGCUUUUAUACGAUUAAAGGGCCUGAAUACAUUUUUUACUUCAAAUAACAUCAACUUGAUGGAUAAGCUGUAU